GUCUGCGAGACAAAACAGCAACAGAAAACGAGGACGGUCACCAAAACCGGAGGGUAACCUCCGGCGUUCCAGCCACGUAGCUUAAUUAGGUAUUGCCCCGCUGGAUCUGACCCCUCUUUUGAACAACACAAAAUCUGCAAUCCCGUCCAGGCUUCCUAUGUCGAGUAAAUACCGGCCACUGCUACCCAACACUACACUAGUAUCGAGUUCAACAGAAGAUGCCUCCGGCUCCCAGCCUCAGUCUUCGCUUUUAGGCCUUAUCAGGAUCCCCCGAGCGGGAACUCGUACGGCCUGCGAAUCCUGUCGAAAGAAGAAAAUACGAUGCAAUGGUGUCAGGCCUAUGUGCAAGCGCUGUAUUGAAAUCACGACAGAUUGCAUCUACCGCACCGAUGAGGAGAAAAAGAGCAUACUAGCCCUGGAAGGGCGCAAUAGCGAAUUGAUGACCGAGUUGGAACAUCUACGUGAGCUAUACAGUAUGAUACACUCGCGGUCGAUGGAGGAGGCACAAGAGAUCUUCAACCGCAUAAGGACAAGCAGUGAUCCCAUUGAGGUCUUGCAGAUGGUCAAGGCCUCAGAACUAUUGCUACAAGGGAGUUUGCCCGAAGAGACAGGCAUGGAGGUACAGGCCAGGCGGGAAUAGACUUCCAAGUAAGGCGAAACACUUUAUCAUGACUGAGGACCAGACCUACAGAAGAUAUUCACACCCUUGUUUGAGUUUGGAAGAGCACCGAGGUGCAAUAUUGACUCGGAAAGCUUUUCCUGGUGUCAUACAUGAGUAGUAAUAAUAAGGCUGAGCUUUGAAUACCUCAAAGCACACGGAGCGCCUAGACGCCACUUCUACGAUAUUCUCGAUGCAGAAUUUGGAGCCAAUAUUAUAAAAAUAGGACGCCAUAAGACUGUUAAGCUUAGCGAAUUACUAGACCGCCAAAACUAGAAUAAUCGUAAAGGUUACUGAUUCUACC